AUGGACGUCCAGUCAAAGAAGGAAGUGGCAACGCCUGUACUUGAGCCAAGAACACCAAUUUCUUCUCUUCUUGAGCUUUGCACCUGUCUUUUUGCAACACUAAUCAGUACCUUAUCAAGCCAAGACUCACCCACUCAUCUUGUCCCCUGCUUACAGGAGGAGCUAAGUCGAUUAAGAGUUUGGGCGGGCAACCUUGGUGCGCAACGGGAAGAGAACGAUGAGCAAUCUUUGGAAUAUAGUCUAAAGGAUGCGCCUGAGCUACGUCGCGAGGUAAUUGACCACUUCCAUGACCUUAGUGAAGCCAUUCAAGAAGCAACGAGUAUCGCGUCUGGAGAGGAAAUACAGUUUGCCACCGAUACUUCUGAUUCUGAAAACGAAAUAUCAGAUCCAGGCCGCGUUAGAGCCCGUGAGGAACCGAAGCAUGGAGAUGGUGACUACCAUGAGUUGGAAGAGUAUCUCGAAGAUAUUCGGCAUACCGUCACAAGUCUAAGCAGUUACCGAUUCGCGAACACCCUUGAAAACCCGGCAGGUAAUGUCCGAGUGUGGGGAUCGGCGGACGUGAGGCCUUACGAGACAGACAGCCCGAUUUUGUGGGACAUUGAAGGAACAGCUAUUCCUCCCAACUUUCAACAUUCGACGGCAGACGUCAUGGACAAAAAUCGCAAUGAAUAUGAUGAAAUACGUCGGGAACCUCUGCAGUUGCAGGAAAUGAUGCAAAAAUCAGAGGAAAUGUUGUUGAAUAUUGAAGGUGGUGCUGAUUUCGACUUCGGAAAAGAGCUGCAUGGUCUGAUCAGUGUUAAGGAGUUCGAUGAUAUUACACUUAACGAUCGCUUUGCUUGCAAAGAGGCAGACAACAUGAAGUCGCACCGACCUAGGGGAGUUUUAGAUAUGGAUGACAAGAAGUUUGAGGUCUGGUUUGAAUGGAAAUCAGUUGAUAACGUUACCAAAGGCUCCAGUGAGGACAAAAAGUCCAGGUUACUUACAGCAAUUCUUGCACAGAUGCUCCACAGCAACAAGCCACAGCACUUUUAUUCACCAAAAUGCAUCGGAUAUGUUGAUGAUCGUGAAAGACAUAACCGAUACGGAUGGGUAUUUAUGAUGCCCAAAGGGUCGGUCAAGGACACCACAUUGAAGAGUCUUCAUACUAUCUUGGGUCAGAGCCACUUUAAGCCAACUCUCGCGCAACGAAUUUCUCUCGCUUGGAAGUUGGCCUCCACUCUACUGUAUCUGCACUCCGCAAAUUGGCUACACAACGGGAUCCAUAGUGGAAAUGUCGUCUUUUCGUUUGAUGGGGAGACCUUCGAUGUCGAGAAACCCAUCUUGUCGGGAUUUGAGUAUUCACGACCACAGAGCCACAAAACGACCUAUCUCAGCCUUGAUCCAAUAUGGGAUAUUUAUCGAUGGCCAGGUAUUCAGAUUGAGGCAUCGAAAGCAGAUAACCCUCGAAGGACAUAUGAUAUUUAUAGCCUGGGCUUGGUUCUUCUCGAGGUUGCGCAUUGGAAACCUUUGCACGAGAUGAUGCGUCUUAAAAAAUGGCCCGAACCUUCUUCUCAAGACUGCAGAAUCCGUGCUUGGCUUUUGGGAGAAGAGCGCUUCCCUCCUUUUAAGAGAUCCAACCCUCUGCUUGAAUUGCGCGAUAUCGCAGGAGAAAAGUACUGGAAAGCCACCAACCGCUGUCUUGUAGCACACGGCGAGAUGGGGAUGUGUAUUCAAGAAGAAGCUGAUCAGGCACAUGGCACUGAGAUCGGGGUUCGGCUUCAUGAAGCCUUUACAAAUCUUGUAGUUGAUGAACUCAAAGGUGAGGAACACGUGGUUAAAUUGAUUCCAGGAGAGAACAACUCAACUCUGUCUCUAACUACCUGUGCAGACGCGUCGAUUGCGGCAGAUAGUGCACAGGCCAAGGGAUUUGAGGAUAUCGUCUCAGAACACCAGCCUCAACAAAUAAUUGUCUCGACGCUUGGAGAUCUCAUCUCAGCGAGGCGGGUCGUUGUUGGCCCUCGGGAUUUGCGAUGCAUUGGCCAGAGGUCUGAUGAAACUAGGGGAAAAUUGCCGCAAGACACUAUUGGAAGAAGUUCCGGUGAUAAUUUGAAGUGA